CGGCGAUGAUCCCUGAGGAGAGGCCGGACGGCCCGGGCGCCGGCCAGGAGAGCGCGAGGCUGCAGGAGGCCGGCGGCGUUCGCAAGCUUUUGCCUCCUUCUCCGCGGGGCGGCUCCCCUUUACCCUGGGCACCUGGCUCUGUGUUUGAUGAAACUUUCCAUGGCGGCGGGCAGGCAGCCCGAGCCUCCCGGGGGCAGGAAAUGGCCGCAGGACUUCACAGCUGGACAGUUCGUCCUUUUCUCACUCCCCACGCGCUCCUCCCCCUCCGCGGUCCCUAACCCUGGGGCCCCGACUGGGACCGUGGACCCUUUCCAGGAGUACUGGGGAAGCUCUGCAAGGUUCUCAGGCCUCCUGGAGGGGAUGCUGUCCAGGGAGGUCUUCCUUGAUUGAUCAUUCUUGAGAACGCUGGAGCCUGGGGGAGAUGUUGAGUCAUGGUCCAAGUUGGCCGUCCGCCGGGAGCCUUCAAGGGCUCCGACCCGCUGGCCCAGAGCCCGCAUGGGCGCCCACAGAGCCGCAGGGCCCGGGUUCGCCAACAGAUCACCAAGGAGCUGCGGAUGCGGACAGGCGCCGAGAACCUGUACAGGAAAGCCAAUUUUGUGUUGCUGUGGAGGGCGAGCCAGAGCCUGCAUCCAGGGAGAGCGGAGGGGGGAGGCCAGAGCCUGUGGCCUGGAAGGUCUGGCUCCGAGGGAUGUGCCCUGGGCCGGAGGCGUUGUCUGUAUGCGUGGACAGAAAUAACAGCCGCUGUGGGGCACUCAGAAGAGAAGAGAGAGGUCAUCCGGUGGGCCCUGGGCCCCUGCUGCCCCCCAACGGGACUGGGCCCGCAAGCACAGCACGCUGGGGGGUUCUGGAGGCCAGGGCCAGGGCCACAUGCCAUCCACCUGCAGAGCUGCGGCUCAGCUCACCUUGGCCUCCCCAGAGCCACCAGCAACGCCUGGGUCAGGGAGACGGUGGCCCUGGAGCUGAGCUACGUCAACUCCAGUCUGCAGCUGCUGAAGGAGGAGCUACAUGAGCUCAGCGGCGGCCGUGUGGAGGCCGACCGGCCCGAGGGCGAAGGCAUCACUGUCCCUAUGAUCCCCCUGGGGCUGAAGGAGACCAAGGAGCUGGACUGGUCCACACCCCUGAAGGAGCUGAUCUCUGGGCACUUUGGAGAGGACAGCGCCUCCUACGAGGCCGAAAUCAGGGAGCUGGAGGACCUGCGGCAGGCCGCCCGGACCCCCAGCCAGAGCGAGGCGGGCCUGGGGCCACUCAUGGCCUACUACAACCAGCUCUGCUUCCUGGACGCACGCUUCGUCGCCCCUCCCGGGAAUCUCGGGCUGCACUUCCACUGGUAUGACUCCCUGACGGGGGUCCCAGCCCAGCAGCGGGCCCUGGCCUUCGAGAAGGCCAGUGUGCUUUUCAACAUCGGGGCCCUGCACACCCAGAUUGGGGCUCGCCAGGACCGCUCGUGCCUCGAGGGCACCCAUCACGCCAUCGAGGCCUUUCAGAGGGCUGCUGGGGCCUUCAGUCUCCUGAGGGAGAACUUCUCCCGAGCGCCCAGCCCUGACAUGAGCCCAGCCUCGCUGUCCAUGCUGGAGCGACUGAUGACAGCCCAGGCCCAAGAGUGCGUCUUUGAGGGUCUCCUGCUCUCAUCUCCUGAAGGCCCCCAGGAUUGCUUGGCUCAGCUACGCCUGGCUCAGGAGGCUGCCCAGGUGGCGGCCGAGUACAGGCAGGUGCACCAGACCAUGGCCCAGCCACCUGUGCGGGACUACGUGCCCUUCCCCUGGACCACCCUGGCACACGUCAAGGAGGAGUACUUCCGCGCCCUGGCCCAUUACCACGCGGCCGUGGCGCUCUGCGACAGUCCCCCAGCGGCCGAGGCGGACUUCCCCACGCGGCAGCAGGCCUUACGUGGGCGCCCGGCCGCAUCGGAGCCAGAGCCGUGGGGCACUGGGCUGCCCCAGAAGCCAGAGGAGCGCAGGAAGCUGGGCAAAGCCCACCUGAAGCGCAGCAUCCUGGGCCAGGAGGAGGCCCUGCGGCUGCACGCGGUGGGCCGUGCCCUGCGCACGGUCGACCUGCUGCAGGCCGUGCUGGCCCAGGCGCUGAGGCGCUCCCUGGCCAAGUACUCGGAGCUCGACCUCGAGGACGACUUCCUGGAGACCACUGAGGCUCCCGACAUCCAGCCUAAAACACAGCAGAAGCCGGAGAUCAGGGCGCCCAGCUUCUCCAGGGUGAAGGUGACCGAUAUCUUUCAGCGACUGGGGCCCCUGUCUGUGUUUUCAGCCAGGAACUGCUGGCGGCUGGUGGGGCCCGUCCACGUGACCCGCGGGGAGGCCGGCUUUGGCCUCACGCUGCGCGGAGACGCGCCUGUCCUCAUCACGGCCGUCAUCCCCGGGGGCCCGGCGGCGGCAGCUGGCCUGCAUGAGGGAGACUACAUCGUGUCCCUGAACGGGCAGCCGUGCAAGUGGUGGCGGCACGCCGAGGUGGUGGCACAGCUGAGGGGCGUGGGUGACGAGGGUGUGAGUCUGCAGGUGGUCACGCUGCUGCCCAGGGCGGAGCCCCCCGGCAUGCAGGGGCACCAUCGGCCGGCCCUGGGGGCGCUUCUGAGGAGCCAGAAGGAGUGUGACUGGGGGGCGCCCACUCCCGCACGGGCCGGCCCCAGGCCCUUCCUUGGCUGGAGCCGCAACGCCAGGAGGGGCCAGGCCAGAGGGAGGCUGUCCCCGCAGCCCUGAGCGGUGGGCCACGCUCCCCCUCCGAGCGCCCCGCCCCACACCCCCGUGUGCCUUCCUCCAGCCUGAGGGAACUUCAGGCCAGUUUGCUGCGCUCCCCACCCCCAGUGCUGCCAUUAAAGACCGUGUCACAUGAGGCUUGUG